UAUUUCCCCAAAUAUUGAAGAUAAAAAUCUAGAUGCAAAGAUACAAGAGGUGUGAGUGUGCAGCAGCUCUGUUUUCAAGAAUGUUAACGGUGCUGUGGUUGAUUUGGUGAUGUUCCCCUGAUGUUUUGUGAAGUGCUGUCAAUGGUUUCUUCUGGAGAUAGAAAAGGAAUGAAUGGCAGAUAGAUGGGUACUAGAUCAAUAUUGAUCACUGUCUUCUAGUUCUGAAAAUACUAAGUAACUUAUUCCUAAGCCUAUCGAAUGAUAAAGAAGAAAAUGGAUUGCUGCAGUCACAUGAAGAAACCUUUAAGAGGUUGAAAAGGAAAUGUAUAGAAAGUUGCUAAAAGAACUGAAAACUUACUUGCCUGUAGUUUCUAAGUGUUUUCAUGUGAGGAGAAUGCAUUAUAAUCUCCUCAGAGAAAUUGGGAAGUCCCGUUUCCUUCAUAUAUUGAACUAUUGGAACAAGCCACACAGAAGAGUGAACUUGUUAUUUAUAUACAAUCUGUAAUGAUUACCUCUUCCUUGUACAUGCCACCUCUAAAAAGGUUUUUUUUGUCAUUGUUCUUUGUAGUUUAAAUUUCCCGAGGGUGCAUAGCACGGGAGUAAGAAAGACACGCAAGAAUGCAGUACUCAGCAAUUUAGAGUGAUUUGUUAUGAGUUGAACUUGCAGGCUUUGAACUCUUUUUAACUGUGGAAAGUAAUUGGAAAGCCACUUAAUGUUUAUUGCUCAGUCUGUUUCUGAUAAUAAUAUUGCAAGCAUAAAUUAUUAUAUAGUCCAGUGGAUGCUUUUGUAGUUCGCUGGAAACAGUUGUGUAGUUGGUAGGGUGUGUACUUGCCUCCAAGUGUUAUUUAUAAAUAAAUGGGAUCAGAGUCUAUCUGUGCUGGAUGGAGCUUGACGUGAAACCUGGCUCUGCCAAAGCUUUCUGCUCAGCACCUCACCUGUGUGACAGAACACAGGGCUCCGAAGGACCUUCAGUCACUGUAAUCUUGCAUUUUCAGCCUGCAGGGAGAGGGAGGGGUUUUAUCAACAAAGUUUUCAUGAAGCCUGUUGUGUAUUAUUUGGCUGUCAAGGUACUGCAGAAAGGGCUCUCUUCCUGUUUCCCCCGGAGGGAAGUUCUUUUUAAGUAGAGAAAAUGGCCUGUGAAAACAGUAAACUGCUUGUAGGAGUUUUUUACGCAGUUUUUUAAGCUAUAAAUGUUUUCUUAUAACAAUGAAUGAAAUUGAAUUAGAAGAUAACUGUUAAGCAUAACAUAUAAAACUAAUUCUUGUAUAAUUUAAGAAGUCUUUCGUAAGUGCUAAGUCAUAAAAACUCGAGAUGAAUAUGGUUUCUAUUUCUCCUAGAAAUUGUCCAGACGCUGGUUACACUUGAAAUCAUACUAGCUUUUUUGAGACUAGUAACCUACAGGGACAUACUGGGAAGGUCUCAGACAAAUACAGAUAUAAAUAAAAUUCUAGAUAUAAUUAUUGUUGAAUAACCUGUUAGGUGAAAUUUUAAUCUUUCUUUGCUGCCUGGAAUUGGGAAUAAAUGUGACAUGAAGCAUGACAUGGGAUUUUAGCUGUGUGUUUUCCUCUCCCUGUAUAUGUAUGGAAACAUUUUUAUAACUUUUUCCAAGAGAGAAUGCUAAAUAUAUGGUUUGAGUGAAUUUGUAGUUGAGAAAAAAGCCCCAAAACAACACAGCAGUUAUUGCACCUGAGCUCCUCCUCUUUUUAUGGCUGCUGCUGCCUAUAAGAAGGUCUGUCCCAUAACCAGUUGGGUUCACACUGGCAGUGUUUUCAGUGAGGUGGAAGAAUAUUUUCUGCUUCAACUGUGCUAGCAUAAGAAAUCCUGAAUUACAAAAGAUCUCUCUUUGAAACGACUUUGUAUGUGCGAAUAAAGGAUCAUGGCACAACAUAACAAGAAUUUUAACCAAAAUGAAGAGUUGCUUGCAACUUUCAUUUGGCAAGUUCUUGGCACAGAUAAUGUGGAGCAGAAAGACUACGGUGAAGCUGACAUGGUGAAACGUCUGUUAGCUGAGAAAGAUCGGGACCUGGAGCUGGCAGCACGAAUUGGACAGGCCCUCCUUAAGCGAAAUCAUCUGUUGAUGGAACAGAAUGAAGCACUGGAAGAACAGUUAGGACAAACUCUAGACAGAGUUAACCAGCUGCAGCAUGAGCUGUCAAAGAAGGAUGACCUGCUGCGUAUUGUUUCCAUCGCUUCUGAGGAGAGCGAGACUGAUUCCAGCUGUUCCACCCCACUGCGUUUCAACGAGUCUUUCACUGUCUGCCAUGACCCACUGCAGCUGGAUGUCCUGCAGGAUAAACUCCGAGAGCUGGAGGAGGAGAACCUGGCUCUGCGGUCCAAGGCUUGCCAUCUGAAAUCAGAAACCAUCACGUACGAAGAGAAGGAACAGCAGCUGGUCAAUGACUGUGUCAAAGAACUCCGGCAAACAAAUGCUCAGAUUUCCAGGAUAACAGAGGAGUUGUCAGAGAAGAGUGAGGAGGUGAUUCGCUACCAGGAAGAGAUCUCAUCCCUUUUGUCCCAGAUUGUUGAUCUUCAGCAUAAACUCAAAGAAAAUGUGAUUGAGAAGGAGGAGCUGAAACUUCACUUACAAGCCUCCAAAGAUGCUCAGAGACAGCUGACAGCAGAGCUCCAUGAGUUGCAGGAUCGGAAUGUAGAGUGUCUGGGCAUGUUGCACGAGUCCCAGGAAGAAGUGAAGUUGCUGCGCAGCAGAGCCAGCUCCGCCGCUUGUCUCUGCCACCCGCAGUCCCAUGGAGCAUUUCCUGUGGAUUCUCUUGCAGCAGAAAUUGAAGGGACAAUGCGGAAGGAAUUAAGUCAGGGUGAUGAAUCUGUUCUCUCCAAGCAAAAGGAUCAACAGAAACGAGUGUUUGACACUGUCAAGGUUGCUAAUAUCAUCCGUGGCCGCUCCUGUUCUUUUCCUGCCCCGUUGCCAAUCCCUGGAUCAAAUCGCUCGAGUGCUGUUAUGACAGCAAAGCCCUUCCAGUCUGGCGUGCACCACUUGGAGAGCCAUGCACGGAUGGCCUCGGGGAGCAGCUCUGAGAAGAAUGUGAGAGACGCUCACAGUCCUGGCCAGCCGGGUGCCCCUGGAGACAAUGACCUGGUCACAGCUCUGCACAGGCUCUCCCUGCGUCGUCAGAACUACCUGAGUGAGAAGCAGUUCUUCGAGGAGGAGUGGGACCGAAAAAUGCAUUUGCUGGCUGAGCAAAAAGAAGAGGCUAGUGGCUGCAGUACACCAACAGAAAGCUCUUUUUCCCCAAGUACAAACUCAGAAUUCACAGAUCUCUCUGCCAGCUCUAGUAAUCUCCGUGUUCUCCUACCAGAGAAGUUGCAGAUUGUCAAACCCAUUGAAGGAUCUCAGACCCUUUUUCAUUGGCAGCAGCUUGCUCGACCCAACCUAGGCACCAUUCUUGACCCAAGACCAGGUGUUGUUACUAAAGGCUUUACCCCUUUGUCUGAUGAUACUGUGCACCACAUCUCUGACCUGGAGGAAGAUGACGAGGAAGAGGGUGAAGGAGGUAUAACAUUUCAAGCACAACAGUCCUUCCCAGAGGAAAAGAAAUGUGCAUUGGCAAAGCCAGUGGCAGGGAUUUUCCUGCCACCUAUUACUUCAGCAACAGUACCACUCACUGCCUCAAAUCCAGGGAAGUGUCUAUCUUCCACAAAUUCCACAUUUACCUUCACUACCUGUAGGAUCCUUCACCCAUCUGAUGUCACUCAAGUUACUCCCAGCUCCAUGGGUACUCCAUUUUCGCUGGGGAAUACUGGCAGCAGUACUGGAAACUCAGUAGUGAGCACUCCAGCCAUUCCUUACAGACUCAGUAUUGGAGAAUUUCUCACCAACAGAAGAGACUCAACUACUACUUUCAGCAGCACAAGUAGCCUGGCUAAACUUUUGCAAGAACGAGGCAUCUCUGCCAAGGUUUAUGACAGCCCCAUGUUAGAAAAACUGCCUUUGCUACAACCCCCUCGAACUCUUCCCAUUCCUUCUACUCCACCAAAUUCUCCUUCGCGUUCACCUUGUCCUUCCCCUCCACUCUUUGAGCCUCGAGUGCAUCACUCAGAGAAUUUCCUGGCUUCUCGACCAGCAGAAACAUUCUUGCAGGAAAUGUAUGGCCUAAAGCCCUCCCGUAAUGUCCCGGAUGUAGGCCAACAGAAGAUGAACCUCGUGGACAGACUGAAGAGGCUGGGCAUUGCCAGGGUGAUCAAGCCCCCUGAAACACAGGACCAUGGCAAGAGUCAGGGGCCAGAGGUUGGCUUGCAGAGGCAGGACUCAGCUGGGUUUUUAAAUGCAGGUAGCAACCUAAUGGCAGGACUGAGAAGAAACCAGAGCCUACCAGCCAUGAUUGGAGCACUGGGAGCUCCUGUUUGCACACAGUCGUCAAAAAUGAAUAUACUAAAGGAAGACUAACUGAAAGGUGUUUGAUUUAGAGCACAGUAAAUAAAAUGUGAGGGAUAAACAUCCAGUACAGGCAUUGUUAGGUGUGUUACAGAAGAGUUGGAGAAGGCAUGUGCAUGUUAAAAUGUGGGAGAGACAAGCGUUGGGACCAAGGAGCAAAGGAACAUUGCUUGGGUUUGAGGAAGAAGGUUUUUGUGGGAGAUAGAAAAGUAAAACCAAAGCUUUAUUUCAAGACCCCCUUCAGCACCUUGUCUUAACUUAGUCAAAAGUGAAGACUAUUGUAGACAUUUUCAGUGUUUUAACCCUUUAACCUGUAUGUGUAGGGAUUUUAUUUUUUCCACCAUACACCCAUAGUAUUUACUAGUUGUUUGCAGUCAGGCUACAUCAUUUAAAUAUAAUAUUAAAAUAGCAAUCAGUCUGACCAGCAUUACCAGCCCAAGUUCCUCUCUGUAACAUACAAAUAUGAAAACUUGGAUUUUUUUUUUUCUUUUAUUUUAUAUUUCAGAAACUUUGCUCUUUUCAACUCCUCCUUACUUUGAGAAGCAGGAGAGAAUAUUUAGCUCUGUGUAAGAAAGUAAUAUUUCCAAUUACAAACACAGGAUUUAUAUUUUGAAAGAGUGCAAUUGUGUUAAUGAGGUAUUAACAGCAGUUAAUUUCUCUCCAGAGAUUGUGAACAAAGCACACAGAGAAAUGUGCAAUUAAUAAGAAUUAAGAAGCAGGAAAGUGUGUAUUAGGGUGAAAACGUCAAGCUGAGAAAUCUU